AUGUCAUUCAGGCAGAAAAAUGGGGAAAAUUUGUAUCAAGCGUGGGAGAGGUUCAAGGGUCUUCUCAGGGAUUGUCCUCACCAUCAUCAGAUGAGUGAAGUUCUGGCACACACAUUUAUUGAGAAUCUGGAUGCCCAACAUAAGUCAUCACUAGACACUGCUGCAGAAGGGCAGGCCCGCAAGGGGCAAGGAAACAACAAUCAAUACAGGAAUUCCUACAACCCGAAAUGGAGGAAUCACCCAAAUUUCAGGUGGAGUGACAAUCAAGGAAAUCAGAAAUUGAACUAUGAGCCAGCACAUGUUCCUGAAGCCCCCAUGAACAGUAUGGAAAAGAUGAUGAAAACGAUGAUGAGUGAUAUACAAAAGAUGAUGAUAGACCAGCAAAAGUUGAUAGCAGAUAAUAAGAAUCCCGAUUUGGAGGUGCAGAAUUUAGAAAGGCAGAUGGAACAGAUAGCUGGUGCACAAAAUACUAGACCACCUGGAGGACUUCCAAGUGAUACAGAUGUGAAUCCCAAGCCUUGUAAUGCUGUGACUUUUCGAAAUGGGAGAGAACUAGAGGAAGUGGCUCCAAAGAAAACCAGUCAAGUAGAAGCUAAAAAAGAGAAGAUUGUCAAGGAGAUGAUUGAAAAAGAGAGGGUAGUCGAGAUACCAGUGGCAAAUCAGCCGCAGCCCGUGGUUGCAAAGCCACCACCUCCAUUCCCUCAACAUUUGGCAAGACAGAAAGAAGAGGCUACUUACAAGAAGUUUCUAGAUUUGCUUAAGCAGGUUGUUACUCGAGCACUAUGUGAUCUAGGUGAAAGUAUCAAUUUGAUGCCUUCAUCUAUCUUCAGGAAGGUAGGUUUGAGAGUGCCCAGACCAACCACUAUAGUUCUUCAGCUGGCAGACAGAUCGUUAGCAAGACCCGAAGGCAUUAUUGAAGAUGUAUUGGUGCAAGUAGGGUCAUUGAUAAUUCCUGCAAACCUCAUGAUUUUGGACUUUGAGCCAGAUCCGGAAGUCCCAUUUAUUUUAGGGCGUCCAUUUUUAGCUACAGCGAGAGCACUUAUUGAUGUAGCUGCUGGGUAG